AUGAUGCGUGAAGAAAACGAGAUUUUCUACUACGCCGCCGAGGGUUCAGUGAGUGAUUUGGAAAAACACAUCAAGAAGUACCCGAGCUCUCUUCAUAGUAAAGAUCAUCGAAAUAGAACUCCGCUUGCCCACACUGCACUCACCGACAAGGAGAAAAAUGCACAAUUGUUGUUAAAAAAAGGUUUAUCUUGGUGGGACGAGGAUUCGAAUGGAGGAACGGCCAUUCAUUGGGCGACAAAAUGUGCAUCGAUUCGUGUAAUUCGAAUGAUUCUACAAAAUGGGAAAACACCGACGGGAAUUCCGCCAUGUUUGUUGAAAGAUAAAGACGGCGUAACACCAAUUCAUAUCGCUUCUCGCCGACCCAACGAUAAAGUUCUCAAAAUUCUUGUGGAGACAUUGAAGGAGAAAGUCACGAAAGAAGAGCUUUUACUGGACACAAAAGGAAGAAGUCCGAUUCAUUAUGCGGCGGCGAGUUGCUCAUAUGAGUGUUGUCAGUUGCUGAUUGAUUCCGAAAAUCUAAACCUUUUGGUCGAUCAAAAAGAUGUUUACAUGCAGAGUCCGCUGAUGUGCGCGGCUGGGGUUCGACUGCCACAAGCUGUCAAUGUGGUGCUUCUUCUCGGCAAACGAAAACCCCCAGCACUUCCACAUCGAACGAUUGAUGGACAAACUGCGCUACAUUUGGCUGUGGCCGCUGAUAAUAUUCCAGUUGUUGAUGCACUUUUGAAUGAACUUGGAGCGCCAAUACAUGUUCACGACAACGACUACCGUACCCCGUUACAUUAUGCGGCUGAUAUGGGAAAUUUGAAUGCUAUCGAGAAAUUGACUGCGAAAGGGCUGAAAAACACAAAAGAUCGCUUCAACGUCUCUUGCGCCCAUUAUGCAGCUCAAAAUAGCGGCAAAGCGAUGGCAUUGUUGUUGAAAACGCCAACUGGAACAUAUAGAGAAGUCAAAGACGGCGAGAAUCGGAGUUGUUUUAUGUGGGCGGUGGUUGCGGGGAAUAUCGACGCAAUCGAGUUUCUUCUUCAGAAUUGCCCGCCAAGUCGCCAUGAAAUCUUGGCCCCAGCUCCAGUCUUGGCUCCACCUGCCCCAAUCUUCGCCGCCCCAGCACCCGUCGUGCCUGCCUAUGCUCCGUUCGCGCGAGCAGCCGUCUUUAUUGGAGCGAACAAAGCAAAGAAAAAC